AUGUGAUUUGGGGGAGUUGGGUAGUAAUAAAUUAGUUUAUCUUUUCCUUCAUAUCAUAUCAUUGAGAACACACAACACAAGCCCCUUGAAAAAUGCAAUGACAUAACCAAAUACUACUAGUUGAUCUUGAUCUACAUUCAUUCUACUUGCUCUUCCUUCUCUAUUCUCCCUGAUCUUCAUCUUCCUGAAAACCGUUUGAUUCAAAUCCAAGGGUCCUCAUUCCUCAAGACCCGUUAUAUUCUAUGACUCCUCUGUUGUCUAAGGAAGACACAUAACAAGACAAGCAUCGAUUAAGAUCCUUGCUUUUCCACAAACCCAUCUUCCUUGUCUUCAAAAUUACACAACACCACCAUUCUCUUCUUGCUGCUGCUUGAUUUAUGAUUCAGCUCAAUCACACCCACAAUCCAAGAUUAUCCAUUUAUUAAUUGUUUUUGCUGAGCAAAAAUGGAAUCAAUUAGCAUUGAUAGCACUGUGACUAUGAUGGAAGAAGAUGAGCAUCCUCAUCAGUUUUCUUCAACCUCCAAGCUACAUAACAUUGGUCCUGCCACCACCAGUGUUCAUGACCUUCUUGAAUGCCCCGUUUGCACAAAUUCGAUGUACCCUCCAAUCCAUCAGUGUCACAAUGGACACACCCUUUGUUCAACAUGUAAGACAAGGGUGCACAACCGAUGCCCAACUUGCAGGCAGGAGCUCGGUGAUAUCAGGUGUCUGGCACUGGAGAAGAUAGCAGAGUCACUGGAACUGCCUUGCAGAUACAUCUCUCUUGGGUGUCCAGAGAUAUUUCCCUACUACAGCAAGCUCAAACACGAGGCUGUUUGUAACUUCAGACCGUACAACUGCCCUUAUGCCGGAUCAGACUGCUCUGUUGUUGGUGAUAUUCCAUACCUUGUUGGUCAUUUAAGGGAUGACCACAGGGUUGAUAUGCAUUCUGGAUGCACUUUUAACCAUCGUUAUGUCAAGUCCAAUCCCAUGGAAGUAGAAAAUGCUACAUGGAUGCUAACGGUUUUCCAUUGCUUUGGUCAGUAUUUUUGCCUCCAUUUUGAAGCCUUCCAGCUCGGUACAGCUCCUGUUUACAUGGCAUUCCUUCGGUUCAUGGGAGACGAAAGAGAGGCCCGGAACUACAGCUAUAGCUUGGAGGUUGGAGGCAAUGGACGUAAACUUACUUUUGAGGGGAGUCCAAGAAGCAUUAGAGAUAGCCAUAAGAAAGUGAGAGACAGUCAUGAUGGCCUCAUCAUAUACCGUAACAUGGCACUUUUCUUCUCAGGUGGGGACAGGAAAGAGUUGAAGUUACGAGUAACAGGAAGGAUAUGGAAAGAACAGCAAAACCCUGAAGGUGGAGUUUGCAUGCCCAACCUGUGUAGCUAGGUUGAUGCUUCUUGCUGUAGAUAGUUUUGGAAAAAUCAAAAUGUAUGACUGGUGAAUGGCUCUGAAAAUUAACUCUUGUUUCUAACCAAGAUAUUCUGUCAAAUAUUUGGUCCUAAGUGUGUCAUAUGCAAAAUCCCUUGAGACAGUUUUUAUCAUGCAAUGGAUUUUAUGUUACUUAUGAACAUUUUUCGUGAAGUGUUUCCAUA